UCUAGCCAUCAAUGUCUUUGGCUGGGACGAGGGCAUCAUCAUCCACCGGCUCAGCUGUCAACCGGAAAACAUACUCAGGAUCAACCGAGGAGGCUGGUAAAUUCCACUACGCCUGGGUGAAAAGUCUCAGCAGACUUCUGUAUCAUCAAACUAAGCAUCGAGAGCGCAAACAUUUCUGUGAGUGCUGCCUCCACUGCUACACCAGGGAAGACCUGCUGAAAGACCACAAGCCUUAUUGCCAUGGGAUUGGGCAGAUGGUGGUGAAAGAGGUGAUGCCAGAAGAAGGUAAAAACAAGUUUUUCUUCCAGAACCACCAGAAGCAGCUCCCAUUCCCAUAUGUCAUAUACGCUGACACUGAGGCCCUCAUCACAAAGAUCAAUGGCUCCAAGCCCAACACUACAAAGAGUAACAUUCAAAAAACACAAGAGCAUGAGGCCUGUGGCUAUGCUUAUAUAGUUGUGCGCUGUGAUGGUCAGACAGAGUCACCAGUUAUAAUCAGAAGGCCAAAUGCAGCAAAGGACUUUCUAAACUCUCUCCUAGAAGAAGUAAACAAAAUCAAGUUGGAGCUGGCCAAAUCCCACCCCAUGAACCAAGACAACAAGCAGGCCCACAAGACAGCCACUAUCUGCCACGUGUGUCAGAAGCCACUUGAUGGAAAGAUUGUCCGUGACCAUUGCCACACCACAGGGAAAUACCGAGGUGCCGCCCACAAUGACUGUAACCUUAAGCUGAGGCAGCAAUCCAGAAAUCCAGUCAUUCCAGUUGUCUUCCACAACCUGAGGGACUAUGACUCCCACCUCCUGAUGCAGGCUAUCUCAAAGGUAAAGGGGCAUAAGAUCACCUGCAUUCCAAACAACACAGAGAAAUACAUCUCCUUCUCUCUAGGGCCACUCCGGUUCAUUGACAGUGCCCAGUUUCUGCUGGCCUCCCUUGACAAACUUGUUUCAGCUAACAAGUCUGAAGACUUUCAAAUUAUGGCUCGGUUUGAGUCCAGCAGAGAAAAACGAGAACUUCUGCUGCGUAAGGGCGUCUACCCAUAUGAGUACAUGGACUCUUGGGAACGAUUCACUGAGUCGCAGCUCCCACCAAAGGAAGCAUUCUACAGCAAGCUCACAGAUGAACAUGUAUCAGAGGCCGACUACAUCCAUGCCCAAAAGGUCUGGGAUACCUUUGGGUGCCAAACACUAGGGGACUACCAUGACCUCUAUUUGACUACAGACGUACUCCUCCUAGCAGACAUCUUCGAGACCUUCCGGAAGACUUGCAUGCAGCAAUAUGGUCUAGACCCUGCCCACUAUUAUUCGAGCCCAGGCCUUUCUUGGGAUGCACUGCUAAAGAAGACUGGUGUGGAGCUGGAUCUGUUCACAGACCAUGACCAGCACCUAUUCAUUGAGAAAGGAAAACGGGGUGGUAUUUCCAUGGUCUCAAAGCGCUAUGCAAGAGCCAACAACUUAAUGGUAGAGGGCCAUGACUGUUCUAAGCCGAAUAUUUACAUCAUGUACCUUGAUGCAAAUAACCUAUAUGGAUGGGCCAUGAGCCAGCCUCUUCCUACAGGUGGCUUCCAGUGGGAAAACGAUUUGCAGAGUGUGGAAAAAACCAUAGUGAACCAUCCAGUAGACAGCCCAGAGGGUUACAUCCUCGAGGUGGACCUGGAAUACCCUGUAGAGCUCCAUGACAUGCACAACGCCUACCCACUGGCCCCGGAGCGCAUGGUGGUUCAGGAAAAGUGGAUGUCAGAGUACCAGCACAAGCUCAUUGGCAAAGGCAUGGCAUCUACCGAGGUUGAAAAACUGGUCCCCAACCUCCGCGACAAGGAACACUAUGUACUACAUUACCGCAACCUUCAGCUUUACCUGUCUCUUGGCAUGCGCCUGAAGAAGAUUCACCGGGCCUUGAGAUUCAAGCAGAGUCCUUGGAUGGAGCCCUACAUUAGGAUGAACACAGACCUCCGCAAAAAAGCGAGCAGUGACUUUGAGGAAGACCUGUACAAGCUAAUGAACAACAGUGUAUUUGGGAAAACCAUAGAGAACCUCCGCAAGCGAGUCAAUGUCAAAUUAGUACGUGCAAACGAGGAAAAGAAACUGUGGAGUCUUAUAGCCAGCCCAGCAUUUGCACAGGCAAACAUAUUUGAUGAUGACUUGGUAGCCAUUCAGGUUCACAAGAGCCACCUAGUCCUCAAUCGGCCUAUAUAUGUGGGUAUGAGCAUCCUUGAUCUCUCAAAAUAUCUUAUGUAUGACUUCUACUAUAACAAGAUGAAGGCUCAAUAUGGGGAGUGCUGCCAACUCCUUUACACAGAUACCGAUUCCCUCCUUCUUGAGAUCCAGACAGAGAAUGUAUACGAAGACAUGAUCACACAGGCAGACCUCUAUGACACAUCCAACUAUCCAAAAGAUCACUCCCUCCACAGCAUAACAAACAAGAAGGUCUUAGGGAAGAUGAAGGAUGAGUGUGCUGGAGUGGCCAUUGCUGAGUAUGUUGGCCUGCACCCCAAGAUGUAUUCAAUCCUGGAGGCUGGUGGCCCAGAGGCCAAGAAUAUCAAGAAGGCCCAAGGUGUGAAAAAGAGCGUUGUGAAAAAGCAUAUCCAUCAUGAACACUAUAAAGAAGCCCUCUUCAGCAACAGGACCUUCGGCCAUUGUACAUAUGUGUUGCGGGCUGAGCGUCACCAUAUCUAUGGACAGUACCUGAACAAGGUAACGCUGUCUCCCUAUGACAGCAAGCGCUGGAUUGCAGAAGAUAGGGUGAACACCCUAGCUUAUGGCCACAAGGAUGCCAGAGGCCAGCAGUACCUGGCUAGGAGUGGAUGAUACUAUAUGUGAUGGCAGCUGGGUAUCAGGAGACACCUGGAAGAACUCUUCCUAGACAGUUGGUAUAAGUUUCUCAUUGUGGAAUGUAGAAUAUUAAACCAAAAUCAAUGUAGCUUAAAAUAUUCCACUCUUGACUCAUUUAUCAACAUUCCUCCAGAAAGCUGAAGUCUGUCUUGUUUUUUUUCCUCUAAGGGGGAGGGAGCAUUAAUGAGCAAGAUUUUUGGCUUACUCCUGUCUCAUGAAUUACUUUUUUACUCAGUCAAUUUUUGAUGUUGCACUUAUGAUUGAUUAUUUUAACCAAGAAAAGAAAGGCUUAUAUACAUCUGAAUGACUUCAUGGACAAUUUUUUUUUACAGUGUUCUUGUGAUUUUAACCAGAUGGACAUUCUUGGGGAAAGUCAGUAUUAUUCCAAAUUGUUUCCAUUUCAGCAUUAAGUUUCUGACUGGAUUUGUGGAACCCCAGAGUUUUAGAAAUUGUUUUGUAACCUUUUACAAAUCGAUAGGCAUAUGUGACAUUUUACAGAAGUCUUCAGCAAUUUCUUUGGUAAAGGGACAUUUUACUAUCUUUGGCGGACAUGUAAAAAAGCUGAAAAGUUUUGGAUUGAAAUACUUAAUUCAGAAAAUUUUACAGAUUAAUAUACAAUUGCAACCAGCGGCUUUUCUUCUGGGAUUGAUGGACAAACAUUUGGAAAAAAAUGUUUUUAUAUGUCAUAAGUAUGAGAUUAAUAUAUACAUAUAUGAUGGAACCUAUAUAGAGACUAAAUUGACUCCUUGGAUUGGAGAAAAGACAAUAUUUAUAUUAUUGAUUUGAAACUCCUUACAAACUUUUUGUGUGAAAUAGAAAAAAAGAUAUAAUUUAUGAUUUUGAUGAUUAGAAAAAUAUAGAUGAAAAUAAAGUAUUUUGAACCAUUACAAUAAGAAGUAAUUUUAUAUUUGCACUUAUAACUGCUAUAAAGAAAACCAGAAACUACUUUUUUCUAUUACUUUCCGUUCUUUUUGUACUUUUGGCUCUGUUGUGUUUUUUUUUCUUUACUUUAUAUUCUUGUUACUUUUUAUCUCUUUCUUGAAAAUAUUUAAUAAAAAUAUUACACACACAGGAACAGGUAGUCCUUGACUUAGGAACCACAUGACCAGACCUAUUUUUGUGAUUUUUUUUUUGGUGGUUAAAUGAAUGCUGCAGUUGUUAAGUGAAUGUAAUGGUUGUUAAGUGAACCCAUUGUUUGCUAUGGGUGUCGAGCCUCACAGCAUGCUCGACAACGCUACCGCGCGAUGACAACAGCAAAGGAUAUACAGACGUUUACAUACAGACAGGGUGAUGGUGGCACGGGAUGCAGGCGGUCGUGUGCAGGGUGUGGAGUGGAGGUGUCGUGUGCAAUGGGUGUAGGGUGGUUCCUGAACGUUGCUGUGGUUCCUGAACAUUGCUGCGGAAGAACGCUCCUGAGCACACCGAUGGCCAAUACGCUGAUGGGGAAGGGUGGGGUGAUAAUAACGGGUGUGGUAUUAAAGGAGGAAAUGGACAUAAUGAACCGGCGGGCUAUUUAAAUGCUCACCUUCAGGGAUCCAUAGCGCCGAUUUCGUUCGCUUUUGCGAAUCGCAGCGUGUGUCUGGAAGCCGACGUGAAUAAACCAGCAUUCUGCAAAGAGCUGAACUGUGUUUGCUGAGUUUUGAUUGCGUCUUGCACGGAACUACUGAGAGGAAAUCGGUGCUCCCCUUUUCUGGCUAUGGAUGGCGGAGGGCGUGGAUACAGCCACUGCUUAACCGGCCCUGGAGGAGGAAGGGCCACCACCCAAUGCGGAGGAAAUCCCGGUUGAGCCUCAGCUUUCGAUUCGGCCAAAGGAACGAGGAUGAAGCCACAGUUAGGGUGAGGAGACUAGAGAGGCUGGGCUGGCGAGGGGUGUGGCCAGCCAGGCAGAUCGGGGGAGUGGUGGCAAAGCCCCACUUUGGCUGCUCCGCCGAACGCUCGUAAAGACCCAACGUCGCCUCCAUACAGCGAACGGUUUUAUCGAUGGAGAGAGAGGCGUUGGGUCGACGACGAUGACGGGGAGUGGAGUUACUCAACAGGACUGGGCCAAUCCACCAUAGAAGUACUCCGGGAGUGGAUUGGGGAAGCCAGCUUCCGUGACGCACAGUCCUGGCAACCGUGGUUGACGGGGACUGACUCUAACACUGGCUGGCACCCUUCCUCUACAGGACAAGAGACCCGGCUCCGGUUAGCCAGCCCCAAGGUGCGGGUGGGCCCUUCCCUAGGCGGUGGUUCCCGCCUGCCUGCCACACACCAUCCAACACCCCAACCUGUUGGAUCUACAUGAUCUGUCCCCGUCCACACACACACACAAACACAGCCAGCCGAGGGUUAAGGAAGCACUUGGAACACACCCAGGUCUUUAUCUCCAACUUGGCAGCGAUAUACACACCGUCUGCCAAGUGCUUUUAUUUCCACAGAAAACAGAAAGAUAAUAUACUUAGCGUACAAGAGUCCAAGAAUUAUUAUUCCUCUCAGCAGUUUCGGAUGAGGCUUUAGUGACUAUCCAAGGUUUACUUUUGUUCGUCACAAGGAUCACUGGCCACCACCCUCUAUUAUAUAGUCUCUGGGGUGUGGUCCAGUGACUCAGUUCUAAUCCCUAGCAUGCCUCCUGAGCUGCUGCAAUCGUUUAUCACGCCUUCGGAGGCAUGCGUCCAGGAAUGAUGUCUCUCCCUCGCUCUCAUCUGAGCCACCUGUCUCCCUGCUAAUCUCCUCUCCCUCGGCCGGCACCUGAGACAGUGCCAGAGGGGAGGGGCCUGGAGAGGGAGGCCUGGCUGACUCCUCUUCCUCAUGCUCGGAGCUUUCUUCCUCCGAUGGGACAGGCUCAGAGGGCGGGCCCACAACACUACACCUAUGGGACCGGUACUUGGCCCGCUUCGCUCAGCUCUGGGACAGGCUGCCAGGAAAAGACAACUCUUGCAUACAAAUCCCAGGCUGACAAGCACCAAGCUCCUGCUCCACCUUUACGGGUAGGGGACAUGGUAUAUCUUUCUACUAAAUACAUCAAAUUAAGGCUCCCCAGUAGGAAACUAGGAUCAAAAUACUUGGGCCCCUUCCCCAUUGUCAGGGUUAUCAAUCCAGUCACCGUAAUGCUGAAACUCCCUCCGUUACUGGGGAAAAUUCACCCUGUAUUUCAUAGUAGCCUUUUGAAACCAGCUAAACUAACCCAGAAAAACUGUGAUCGUCCUGGUCUAAUCACAGAGGGUCAUUAUGAAGUGGACGAAAUAUUAGACUCUAAGAUACAAAGAGGGAAGCUGUACUACCUGGUUAAAUGGACAGGAUAUCCAGUAGAGGUGUCCUGGAUACCAUACACUGAUGUACACACCAAACGGCUAUUGCGACGGUUUCAUAAAUUAAAUCCACAGAAACCGCGGUUAAGCGCUAAUGGUGUACAUUUGUCUCUUACAGAGGGAUCCUUGGUGAAAGGGGAGCUGCCUGUCGAGCCUCGCAGCACGCUCGACGCUACCGCACGAUGACAACAGCAAAGGAUAUACAGACGUUUACAUACACACGGGGUGAUGGUGGCACGGGAUGCAGGCGGUUGUGUGCGGGGUGUGGGGUGGAGGUGUCGUGUGCGACGGGUGUAGGACGGUUCCUGAACGUUGCUGCGAAAGAACGCUCUGAGCACACCGAUGGCCAAUAUGCUGAUGGGGAAGGGUGGGGUGAUAAUAACGGGCCUGGUAUUAAAGGAGGAAAUGGACGUAAUGAACGGGCGGGCUAUUUAAACGCUCACCUUCAGGGAUCCAUAGUGCCGAUUUCGUUCGCUUUUGCGAAUCGCAGCAUGUGUCUGGAAGCCGACAUGAAUAAACCAGCAUUCUGCAAAGA